GUGGGAGAAACGGAAAGAAGUCAAAAUACAACCCUGAAUCUCUAUCCUCCAUGUGUAAUAAUUUGGGCAGCCUUCUCUAUCUUAUAGGAUAACACGAGCUUUAAAUGCGAGCAGGCAGUAGUUGGAAGGAAACUGAAGCGGCUGAGAAUUUGAGGAAAGCACUUUUUGCAGAGGCACGAGAACAGUGUGCAAAUUCUGAAAUGACUAGAAAAAUGUUUUGAAGUGGCUUGACCUCCUGAACUCCUCUUCCUCUUUAGCCAGUUUUAACUUCGCGUGUAAAGAUUUGAACGUUCUGUGGUUCAGUAUUUGUUAGAACAAAAACGCCUCCCCUUCCCCGCGGACUCCAAGAAAAUCACUUUUUCCUCCCCAGCAAUCCUGGAAUGUACAAAAAAACACAAGCGGCUUUCUUAGUCCGCGAGUGACUUUCCGUCUGGCCAAUCCGGGAGAGCGAGUGGGCUGGCGUUCCAGAGUUUCCUCCAGUCGCUUUGGUGGGCGGGAGGAACCUGGGAGAAGGAGUGACGUAUGCUGUUCCCUCGUUCAGUCCCUGCUUGGAAGCCUGACAUGGUGUACUUGCAGUGGCUCCCCUCCAGACACAAGAAAAUGAUGAGUGAUGCAAGUGAGAUGCUGGCUGCAGCUCUGGAACAGAUGGAUGGCAUUAUUGCAGGUUCCAAGGCUCUGGAGUAUUCGAAUGGCAUAUUUGACUGCCAGUCCCCGACAUCUCCAUUCAUGGGGAGCCUUCGAGCAUUGCAUCUUGCAGAGGAUUUGCGUGGCUUAUUGGAGAUGAUGGAAACGGAUGAGAGAGAAGGAUUGCGGUGUCAAGUCCCAGAUUCAACAGCAGAGAUUUUGAUUGAAUGGCUACAGAGCCAAAUGACCAAUGGGUCUAUAUCUGCUAAUGGAGAUGUAUAUCAGGAGCGGCUUGCACGUUUGGAAAAUGACAAGGAAUCUCUUGUUCUGCAAGUGAGUGUUCUUACUGACCAGGUGGAUGCCCAAGGAGAAAAGAUCAGAGAUUUGGAGCUCUGCUUAGAAGAGCACAGAGAGAAACUGAAUGCCACAGAAGAAAUGCUACAACAGGAGCUUCUAAGCAGAACAUCACUCGAAACUCAAAAGCUGGAUCUGAUGGCAGAAGUUUCCAACUUGAAACUCAAACUGACUGCUGUGGAAAAGGACAGAAUGGACUAUGAAGACAGAUUCAGGGACACAGAAGGUUUGAUGCAGGAAAUUAAUGAAUUGCGCUUGAAAGUAGGAGAAAUGGACAGUGAGAGACUUCAGUAUGAGAAAAAGCUUAAAUCUACCAAAUCUUUAAUGGCCAAACUUUCUAGCAUGAAAAUCAAAGUGGGCCAGAUGCAGUAUGAAAAGCAGCGGAUGGAGCAAAAAUGCCAAAUGCUAAAGGAAGAACUAGCAUCAUUAAAAGAUAAAUUAGAACAGAAAGAGGCAGAGAUAAAACGGCUGCAAGAAAAACUGGUUCACCAGGUGAAAGGAGAAUCAGUUGACAUAAAUGACAGAGAUGAAAAUUGUAAAAAGAAGCUCAAAGACAAAAAUAUUGAGGUACAGAAAAUGAAGAGAGCUGUGGAAUCUCUAAUGGCAGCAAAUGAAGAAAAGGAUCGGAAAAUUGAAGAGCUUCGACAGUCUCUCAAUCGAUAUAAGAAAGUUCAGGACAUGGUGAUGCUAGCUCAAGUUAAAAAAGGCAAGGAUGAUGAUUGUGAGGAGAUUGAAAAUUCAGCAUCUGUUUUGGCAGCUCUGUCAGAUGCACAUAAUCUAAACGAAUCUGAGGAAACUCAGUCUUCUUUACUAUUAGCGGAUUCUCCAAACCAUGAAGAGUUUAGACCGAAAACUCCCGAACAGGAUUCACUUCAGAUUCACACCAGCGUCUUGCAAGUUUCCAUACCUUCUUUUUCACCACCAUCCAGACGUUCAGAAGCAUCUACUGAAAAAGCAAAACCCCAAUCUGAAAUGGAAAUUCCAAGUGAAAUUGGCGAAAAGAGAACACCAGUUGCUGUCAUAGAAACACAGCUAGGUGACACAAAAUUUAUGAAGCGUCUUCAAUCAAGUUACAUAGCACCAGGAAUUUACAGGAUUUUAACUUCAGCUCUGCAAAAGUCCAGCAGCCUCGGAAAUCUGAAGAAAGACCCAUCUGAGGAGAAAGAGCCUGUUCAGAAGCAAGAAGAGAGCAAAGCUUCAAUAGAGGGUAACAAAUAUGGAACACUCCCUCCCAAAUCCCCUGGUGAAGAAGAUGCCUUUGGGACUCGUAAAGCCCGAUCUUCAUUUGGGCGAGGCUUUUUCAAAAUCAAAAGUAACAAAAGGACAGCGAGUGCACCCAAUUUGGAUCGCAGUCGAAGUGCAAGUGCACCCACCUUAGCAGAGACAGAAAAAGGAUCUGCAGACCACUUGGACUUGGCUGGCUUGCCUCCUCGACCAAAAGGCACAGAAGGUGGUCCUCUGACUCCACCUUCUCCUGAUUCCAAAAAGAAAACACGGGGGAUCAAGAAGCUGUUUGGAAGGCUCCGGAGAAGCCAGUCUACCACUUUUAAUCCAGAUGACAUGCCAGAGACGGAGUUCAAAAGAGGAGGAACGAGAGCAACUGCAGGACCAAGAUUAGGCUGGUCAAGAGAUCUUGGACAAUCCAAUAAUGAUUUGGAUAUGCCGUUUGCUAAAUGGACAAAAGAACAAGUUUGUAGUUGGCUUCAGGACCAAGGCUUGGGUUCUUACAUAAAUAAUGGGAAACACUGGAUACUCUCUGGACAGACUCUCCUGCAAGCUUCUCAGACUGAUUUAGAGAAGGAGCUUGGAAUAAAGCAUCCACUGCAUCGGAAGAAACUUCAGCUUGCGCUCCAGGCAUUAGGGUCAGAAGAAGAGAACAGCCAUGGGAAGCUGGAUUACAACUGGGUUACAAGAUGGCUGGAUGAUAUUGGGUUGCCCCAAUACAAAACACAGUUUGAUGAAGGAAAGGUGGAUGGUCGAAUGCUUCAUUACAUGACUGUGGAUGACUUACUGUCCUUGAAAGUGGUGAGUGUUCUCCACCAUCUUAGCAUCAAACGUGCCAUUCAGGUCCUGAGAAUAAACAACUUUGAACCCAACUGUCUUCGCAGAAGACCUUCUGAUGAGAAUAACAUCGUUCCGUCUGAGGUUACGCAGUGGACCAAUCAUCGGGUGAUGGAGUGGUUGCGUUCGGUUGACCUUGCAGAAUAUGCUCCUAAUCUGAGGGGAAGUGGUGUUCAUGGUGGCCUAAUGGUUUUGGAACCUCGUUUCAACGUAGAGACCAUGGCACAGCUACUUAAUAUCCCACCAAACAAAACACUGCUGAGGCGACACUUGGCAACUCAUUUUAAUUUGCUAAUCGGUCAGGAGGCUCAGCAGCAAAAGCGUGAAGCCAUGGAAUCUCCAGAUUAUGUUCUCUUAACAGCUACAGCUAAAGUGAGGCCAAAGAAACUUACAUUUAGUAAUUUUGGAAAUUUAAGGAAGAAGAAGCAGGAUGAUGGGGAAGAGUAUGUGUGCCCAAUGGAUUUGGGACAGGCAUCAGGAAGUGGAUCAAAUAAAGGAUUUAAGCCUGGUUUAGACAUCAGGGUAUAUGAUGAUGAUGAUCUUGAUAGACUGGAGCAGAUGGAAGAUUCAGAAGGUACCGUGAGGCAAAUAGGAGCAUUUUCUGAAGGUAUCAACAACUUGACUCACAUGUUAAAAGAAGAUGAAAUGUUCAAAGACUUAGCUACUCGUUCCCCUAGUGCCAGUAUAACAGAUGAAGAUUCAAAUGUGUGACAGUUUUAUAGAUGUUGGACAUCCAAAGAAGAAUUCUGUUUCUUGAUACUGCAAGGAAUGCCACUGUUGUAUGUGAUGGAGACAGCACAUCAUGUAAUGUAGGGUCGCUUUUGCUUCUGUUUGUUAGAAGUGAUUUUUCAAGUGGAAAACCAGAAAAGGUGCCUAUUUAAAAAGUUGCCAUAAAAGAUGAAUGGAAACAAAAAAUAACCAGACACAUUAUGAGGGAGAGGGGGGAAAUGUGUAUUUUUCUCCCUAGUAUUGAAAAUUGUGACAUAUUUCAAAUCAUCAUAUUUAAUAUGAUUCUGCUGCCAUAAUGUUGCUGGAUAUAGUUGUGCCAUAACGUACGUGUGUGUGUGUGUCUGUAAUACAGAGAGAACAUUAUUGAACUAUAGACCUGUGGAAUCAGCAACCAUUGUGGCUUUUUCAGCAGGGGAAAACCUCCUGGCAUUCGUGGUUUCCAAUAUGAAUGCUUUACUGAAAGUGAAUAACCAAUUCAUCCAUUUGAUAUCCAAUGUAGGCCUCUUUUUAUACUGCCAAGUACAUGAUCCCCAAAAUCUAAAGCCUGAUUGUCUUUUUUUAUACAAUUUUUAUUAAUUAAGAGAGAGAGAAAUGUAUUGAGUACAUACAAAUCAGAGAUGUUAUAUUGUGAAGUAAGGUGAUGAUUUUUAUAAAGAGAGAAUUCCAGUUUGAAAACCAGCCGGUUACUGGAGAAGUCAGACUGACCUUGAAAUGGCACAUACUAUUCCCCUGCCCCCUCCACCCCACCCCGUAAACAGUGUCUGCAUUCUUACAUUGAGAAUGAAAUUAUUGCAUGUUUGUAGUUCUUACCCCUUCAUCUUAAAAAAAAAAAAAGUUUCUGCACCAUUUUGUUUCCCCCCUCAUUAAAAUAGGAUUCUAGUACCAUUUUAAAAUUAUCAUUGCAGAUAUUGAAAAUCAUAUUUUUGACUGAGCAGCAACCUGUGUCUUUGUUGGCAGAACGAUCUUCUUUAUUGCAUUCUUCAACGGCAGGUUUCUUUUAAAUAAACGCAGAGAGGAAUAUUAGCCAAGCUCCUUUAUUUUACAGUAUUAAAUUCAGUCAUGGAUUCUUGCCUUCUAAGUAGACUUGGCCAUAACAUAUUGAUUCUAUUUAUACUUUUUAAAAAAUAAAGCACAACAUUUUUUUUACUUUUUUAAAUUAUCAGACUUGUAAAAUUCAGAUUAGCCAGUGAAAUUUUGUUGGCCAUGCAUUCAACAGAAUACAGGUGGACCUUGUUAUCUGCGGGGGUUCCAUUCUCAUCUGAGACCAUGGAUAGUGAGGCAUAGAAGCAAUGGGAAUCGGGGGGUUAGGUUCCUGGGUGCGAAAAAGGCUAAAAAUGGCUGGAAAGGGUCAAAAUAAUAGUGCUUUACUGUGCUCUGCAGGUCUCCAGCUGUCCAGCAAUGCUCCCCAAACCCACCAUUGUUCUGUGAAAAAUCAGGAGGUGUCUUUUGUUUUGUUUUUUUAAGGAAAGAGCCACAAAAUGGUGGUUUAACAAAAUGGUGGCUGGAAAUUACCUCGGAGAUCAUUUCCGGCCACAUAGAAACCGUGGAUAUGUGGGUUUUAACCAUUUUGUAAACUGCUUAUACAGAGGUCAGUUCUCCAUAGCCUGAUAGCGGCUAUAUGGAACCAUUCAUAUUGGGACUGCAAGUGAUGAGGUCCACCUGUACUUGAUUGUUUCUCUUCCUACUCGAGUACCUCCCUAAAAUCUUACAACUAAUUGCUGCUUGCUUAAAAUGAUGAUGUUGCAGACAUUUGAUAAGUACUGUUUGAAAUGAAAUGAAUAGUAGAUGCCAAUUUUAGUUGUUUAGAUGUUUUGGAACAGAACUGGAGAAGUCAAUCAAAGGACCUUUGAAGUCAGGUUUUUGAUAUGUGCUCAGGUACUACUUGAGGUGAUUAGUCCCAAGCUGACAAUCUACACAUUCAGCUAAGUCAUGUGGCUCAAAACUCUUGGGACUGGGCCAAACCAAACUGCAGGUGUGGCUUAAAUGUUCAAAUGUUCUUCCGCAGAAAGAAAAAUCUCUGUCCAUGAAAUACUAGUUUAUCAGGGAGAACGUUCUAGCCUUGCCUUCUGUAUGACAGAGCUUUCUAUUUGCAAGGAAUUAUUUUAAUAUGGGGCUACAUUCCGUGUGUGUUCCCCAGCCAGCAGUCUGAAAUAACUCAGUUCCAUGCAGCAUUUCUGGCCCUCAGUCUGACUGGAUAAGUUGACGCUAGACCUUUAAGAACGUGCUGUUUCACACACAUUUAUUUACAGUCGUCUAAAGUCUAUUUGUGUUGUGUCUUCUAUCAAAAACUGCCCUCAGUAUUCUUUAGAAUGUUUUAUCAGAACAGCUUUGCCAAUAGAAUAUAUUUAGGGUGGGCUGGCAGCUCUUAAUAACUUGGGGCUCAAUAAACUUGUUCAUGAGCACCUCCUUUCAUUUGAUAGCUGAACUCAUUUGAAUGAAUGCAGACAGCACUGGUGGUAACUUUCUCACUGUAAUGGGGGAGAAUAACCCAUUCACUCACUGUGAAUAAAAGUAUUUAUGAAUUAGAAAGUUCACGUUCUGUGAAUAUACGCUAGCACCUACCAGUGACCCCAUAAAAUCACCAUUAAAAAAAAUAAAAUUGCACACUUAACAAGACAUGUUGUCUUCCAGAAAGAAGUCAGUUUUGCUGUUCUGGCAAGAACUGAUUGCAUAAAAUAGCAAGGUAAAAAUAUUAAUAGAGAAUUGAAGUUGACUGGGAGCAAAUGCAUAGAAUCAAACAACAAUGAAAAUUUUCUUCCAGUUAGAAUGUUGCACGUUUGAACCACUUCAGACUUAUCAUUAUUUCUCAAUUCUGAUCUAAAUUGCAGUUGUUUCAUUCUUGGUCACCAUUUUACUGGUUGGAAGAAUAAAUAGUAGCAGGCCUCUUAUUAUUUCGAUGGGAUUGGGGGAGGGAAGAGUAAUAUAAAACGCUCAUAAUUAAUCCAAGCAAUAAACAUUAAUGUGCACACAUGAAAUAUCAUGAUAGUAUUUUCUUUGGUUGUGUGUACGAAGAGGUCAGAAGAAACAUUAUGUAUUGCCAUGUUAAAUAAAUAUCUAUUGAGAUAAUCAAAA